GUCUCUCUUUCUGGCUUACACGAACAAGAAGAAAAAACAUAAAAUAAAAUAAAAAAACAAAAUAAAAUAAAAAAAAUCAGUCAGAGAAGAAGGAAAAUCAGGGAAUAAACCCUAGAAAAUCCAAACCGCUCAGAAUCGGAUCCGUACACGAAUCACACAAACAAACAAUAAUUAAUUUCUCAAAUGGUGAAGAAGAAAGUGCCGGAUUGGCUCAACAGUUCUCUCUGGUCCACCGCUCCUCCUCCGCCGGACGACGAUCGCCUCCACCGCUACUCCACUAAGCCAAUCGCCACCACCACGGUGGAGCCGCCGCCUGUUCCCGUCGCCGCUCCUCCUGCUCCAGCUCCUGCACCUCCUCCUCCAGCUCCUGCCGUCGUUUCAACAGUUCAAGAAGAGCCACCGAAGCCGCAAGUUAUAAUACACAAUAGCGAUAGUAACAACAAUAACCAUAGAAAUGAUGAUGAAAUUGACAAUUCUGCCCAGGCUCAGCUCUUGCCGGAGCUGUCGAAGAAAGUGAUAAAUAUGAGGGAAUUGCGGAGGAUAGCUUCACAGGGCAUACCUGAUGGUGGGGGCAUUCGGUCGACUGUCUGGAAGCUCUUACUGGGUUAUUUACCCCCAGAUCGUGGGCUUUGGUCAUCUGAAUUAGCUAAGAAGAGGUCUCAGUACAGGCAUUUCAAAGAGGAGCUUUUGAUGAAUCCUUCAGAAAUUACGAGGAAGUUGGAGAAAUCUGAGAAUGAUGACCCCAAAAGUGAAAGUAGUGGUAUGCUCUCGAGAUCAGAAAUUACUCAUGGAGAGCAUCCUUUGAGCCUUGGAAAGACCAGCAUCUGGAAUCAGUUCUUUCAGGACACGGAAAUCAUGGAACAGAUUGAUCGAGAUGUGAAGCGCACUCAUCCAGACUUGCAUUUUUUCUCUGGAGACUCACCUUCUGCAAAAUCCAAUCAGGAGGCUUUGAAGAGUAUAUUAACUGUCUUUGCAAAGUUAAAUCCUGGUAUUAGAUAUGUCCAAGGGAUGAAUGAAAUCUUGGCACCUCUGUUCUAUGUAUUCAGAAAUGAUCCUGAUGAGGAAUUUGCGGCCUCUGCAGAAGCAGACACAUUCUUUUGCUUUGUUGAGUUGUUGAGUGGAUUUCGGGAUCAUUUUUGUCAGCAACUUGACAACAGUGUGGUUGGAAUCAGAUCCACAAUCACAAAGUUGUCGCAGCUUCUAAAAGAACAUGAUGAAGAGCUUUGGCGUCACCUUGAGGUCACAACCAAAGUCAACCCCCAAUUUUAUGCAUUUAGGUGGAUUACUCUCCUCUUGACUCAGGAGUUCAAUUUCGCAGACAGCCUUCACAUUUGGGACACACUUCUGAGCGACCCUGAAGGCCCACUGGAGACUCUGCUCCGGAUAUCCUGCGCAAUGCUAAUUCUCAUAAGAAGGCGAUUGCUUGCAGGGGAUUUUACUUCAAAUCUGAAGCUACUCCAGAAUUAUCCACCAACAAACAUAAGCCAUCUACUCUAUGUUGCAAACAAGUUGCGGACUCGUUCCACAGUCUAAUUUUGUUAGAACUCCUUCCCUUGUUCCAUUUUGCAAUUUUCCCUUCUUUGCAUAUUUUUGUUAUUACGCAUUUAAUGUUUGUAAAUUACUGGAUGUAAAUGUUGUUGAAAGUUAUCGGCUAACAUGCAGGGAUAAUUGUCUUUGUUUUAUCUUACAUUCAUUAAUUGUUUCCUUGUUGGAACUGACAUUUGUUUUAAAUUCAAGAUUGGUGGGAAUUUGGUUUACCUUGUGAAAAUUUUCAAAUGUU